GUAGUGACGUAUUGUGUGUGCUGUUCUGCGCAUGUUUACUGUAUGUGAUAAUACUGUGAAAUGCGUCUGUUCCUCUAGGGAUCUCGAAUGGCAGACGUCUGAUUCAGGUUUUGUUGGACCCACUGACUGUAACUUCCCUUCUGUGAUUUGUGAUGAUGUGAUGAUAGAAAGAUGGGCUCUUUGCUGUCUAUGUGCGGUUUAAACAAGAAAAAGAAUGCCGAAGAGGAGAGGCACUUGAGAGCUAAUGAUAGGGAGUUUAAUCUCUCAUUUAAAUAUGCUAAUAAUGCCAUCAAGACGUCCAAAUACAACAUCUUUACGUUUCUCCCCCUCAACCUGUUUGAGCAGUUUCAGAGGCUGGCAAAUGCAUAUUUUGUCUUUCUCCUGAUGUUACAGUUGAUCCCACAGAUCUCAUCUCUGUCCUGGUUCACUACUGUAGUUCCUCUGCUGCUGGUGCUCUCUAUGACUUUAGCUAAAGACCUCUCAGAUGACAUUACUCGACACAAGAACGAUAAACAAGUCAACAAUCGAGAAGUGGAAGUGCUCAUUGAUGGACAGCUGAAGAAAGAGAAAUGGAUGAAUGUUCAAGUGGGCGACAUCAUCAAGCUGGAAAACAAUGAGUUUGUCACAGCUGAUCUGCUUCUGCUGUCUAGCAGUGAACCUCUGAAUCUCGUCUACAUUGAGACAGCUGAGCUGGAUGGGGAAACUAACCUGAAGGUGAAACAGGCUUUGACAAUUACAGGAGACCUGGGUAAUGACAUCCAGAGACUAGCAGCUUUCAAUGGUGAGGUGCAUUGUGAGCCUCCAAACAAUCGUCUGGAUAAAUUCACAGGAACUCUGACGGUCGCUGGAGAUACGCUUGCUUUAGAUAAUGAGAGGAUUCUGCUCAGAGGAUGUACACUCAGAAACACAAACUGGUGCUUUGGUCUAGUAGUGUUUGGAGGUCCUGACACAAAGCUUAUGCAAAACUCUGGCAAGUCCGUUUUCAAGAGAACCAGCAUUGAUCGUCUCAUGAAUGUUCUGGUGAUGUGUAUCUUCGGUUUUCUGGCCUUCAUGUGUGCCGUCUUGUCCAUUGGUAAUGGGAUUUGGGAAUACCAGGAAGGGAAUUCUUUCAUUGUCUUUCUUCCUCGGGCUGAUGGAGCGAAUGCGUCCCUCUCUGCUUUUUUGACUUUCUGGUCUUAUGUUAUUAUCCUCAACACCGUAGUGCCCAUUUCUCUCUAUGUCAGCGUGGAAAUCCUUCGUUUGGGAAACAGCUAUUUCAUUGACUGGGAUCGAAAAAUGUACCACGUAAAGAGUGACACACCAGCCCAGGCCAGGACGACCACCCUGAACGAAGAGUUGGGCCAGAUCAAAUAUAUCUUUUCUGAUAAGACAGGAACAUUGACCCAGAACAUCAUGACCUUUAACAGGUGCUCCAUCAAUGGGAAGUCAUACGGUGAGGUUGUGGACUUUGCCGGGCAGAGGGUUGAGAUCACUGAGAAGACAGAAAAAGUAGACUUUUCCUGGAACCCGCUGGCCGACCCGAAGUUUUAUUUCCAUGACCAUCAGCUGGUGGAAGCAGUGAAGUUGGGCUCUCCAGAGGUGCGGGCCUUCUUUCGUCUGCUGGCCCUCUGCCAUACUGUCAUGCCUGAAGAGAAAACAGAAGGGGAGCUGUUUUAUCAGGCUCAGUCUCCAGACGAGGGGGCCCUGGUCACCGCAGCAAGGAAUUUUGGCUUUGUAUUUCGCUCCCGUACACCAGAGACAAUCUCAGUGGUUGAGAUGGGAGUCCCAACCACCUAUCAGCUACUGGCAGUGCUGGACUUCAAUAAUGUUCGUAAGAGAAUGUCUGUUAUCGUUCGUAAUCCAGAAGGCAGACUAACUCUGUAUUGUAAGGGAGCCGACACGAUUAUCUUCGAGAGGCUGCAUCCAUCUUGCUCUAAAAUCACAGAGGUCACCACAGAACAUCUUAAUGAAUAUGCUGGAGAAGGUUUGAGAACAUUAGCUCUGGCUUAUAAAGACCUGGAUGAAGACACGUUUGUUGAAUGGAAACAGCGACACCAUGUGGCCAGCACUGCAAUGGAGGACCGUGAGGAAAAACUGGAUGCCAUUUAUGAAGAGAUUGAGAAGGAUCUACUGCUCCUUGGUGCUACUGCAGUUGAAGAUAAACUUCAAGACGGAGUGCCUCAGACCAUUGAGCAACUCGCCAAAGCUGACAUCAAAAUCUGGGUUUUGACGGGUGACAAACAGGAGACGGCUGAGAACAUUGGUUAUUCCUGUAAUAUGCUCAGAGAAGAGAUGACAGAGAUCUUCAUAGUGGCUGCCAACACAGCAGAGGAAGUGCGUGAGGAGCUUGUGAAUGCCAGGAAAAAGAUGUCUCCGGGAUCAGAAGAUGAGCCACCCAUUGUGAAGAGCAGAUUUCUUGGAAAGAAAUCUCAGGAGGUGGAGGAUGAGAAGGUCAAUGGCGAGUACGGACUUGUAAUAAAUGGUCACAGUCUGGCACAUGCUCUGCAUAAGGAUAUGCGAUUGGAGCUCUUGAGGACUGCGUGCAUGUGCCAGACAGUUAUCUGUUGUAGGGUCACACCUCUCCAGAAAGCCCAAGUUGUGGAACUAGUCAAAAAGCACAAGAACGCAGUGACGUUGGCUAUCGGAGAUGGCGCCAAUGACGUCAGUAUGAUCAAAACUGCACAUAUCGGUGUUGGCAUUAGUGGUCAGGAGGGCAUGCAGGCAGUUCUCUCCAGUGAUUUCUCCUUCGCUCAGUUCCGUUACCUCCAGCGACUCCUGCUGGUCCAUGGCCGAUGGUCAUACCUGCGCAUGUGUAAGUUCCUGCGCUACUUCUUCUACAAGAACUUCACAUUCACCUUUGUGCACUUCUGGUACGCCUUCUUCUGCGGCUUCUCGGCACAGACUGUGUAUGAUGAAUGGUUCAUUACGCUCUACAACCUGGUGUAUACAGCUUUACCUGUUCUUGCCCUCAGUCUAUUUGAUCAAGAUGUGAAUGACCGCUGGAGUUUCCAGUAUCCCCAAUUGUACUCUCCGGGUCAGCUGAACCAGUAUUUCAGUAAAAUGGCCUUCGUGCGGAUCCUGCUGCACAGCUGCUACAGUUCGCUCAUUCUUUUCUUCAUCCCCUGGGCAGCCAUACAAGACCAGGUCAGAGACGAUGGCAAAGAGAUCGCGGAUUAUCAGUCCUUCGCCCUAUUAGCACAAACAUGCCUGCUUGCAGCAGUCAGUGUGCAGCUGGGUUUGGACACAUCCUAUUGGACAGCAGUGAAUCAGUUUUUCCUGUGGGGGAGUCUGUCGAUGUAUUUCGCCGUUACUUUCACCAUGUACAGCAAUGGCAUGUACCUCAUCUUUACCUCCUCUUUCCCUUUUAUUGGUACGGCGAGAAAUUCCCUCAACCAGCCGAAUGCAUGGCUGACCAUCUUAUUGACCACUAUAUUGUGUUCGCUGCCUGUUGUGGCACAGCGAUUCCUCUUUAUCCAACUUAAACCGACUAUCAAUGACAAGGUGCGACAUAAGGUAAGGCAGUCCAAAGCCAUGCCUCUGCCUCCCCCUCGCCGGUUCCCACGGCGACGGGUCAGCACGCGCCGAUCCGGUUACGCCUUCUCUCAUGCACAUGGUUAUGGUGAUCUUGUCACAUCUGGACGAUUCCUGCGUUUACCGAUCAAGACCAGGUCGACUAUUUUCCCCGGUGCCAACAGCCCCGUGGCUGACAGCACACCCCAGACAUAUCGAACCAUCUUUGAGGACAGACAGAGCUCCUAAAGGUCACGUUCUGAGGAGCUGAUCCUAAGUUUACCUUCGACAAGCAUCAGCUUGUUUAUCAUACUUCAAAAUGCCAGAAUACACUGGACAGAUUAUUUACAGGGUACUUCAAGUAACAUUUAAAUAUCUUCUCCAGCUUUUUGUCUGAAGCUAUGAACAUUUGAAUCAGUAAAAGUUUUACCAAUAAAAUGUAUAAGGUUUGUUCUGAACGAUGGAAAAACACACGUGUAUACACAAACUCAUAGCCAUAGUAUUAACACCAAAGAAUCAAUUUAAUGUAAAAUAUUUCUUUGUUUUGCUGAUGCAUUACAUUUUGUAUUUUAUUUACAAACACUGUACCAAAAAGAAGUUUUUAUUUGUGGUCUAUACAAGCAUUUAAUCAGUGUAUGAACAUUUUAGUAGAUUUUCUGUCAUGUUUUGGUUUUGUGUGUCGUUAUAAUUUAAAAUAGUUGAAAACGGUUGAUCUGCUUUUAUUUGACAUUCUAUUGUCAUGUUUUGUACCCAAAUAUGUAUGUGCCUUACAUAGUGAUUUAUACAAUAAAGUUUCAGAAAACCUCUUCUGGUAUUUAUCA